AUGGGCAGCACAACUGCUGUCUUCGUGCCUUUCCUCCCUGCAGCAGAACCACCACCACCAACAGCAACCGCAGCAGCAGCAGCAGCAGCUGCUGCUGCUGCUGCUGCUGCAAAGAACCGCAGAAAGCUUAAGCAUGAGCUGCUGCGAGUUAAGGACCAACAAGAGAGACUCAAGGAAGAGAGGAGAGCCUUGCUCAAGGCAGAUGCUGCACGUCGUGCUGCUGCUGCUGCUGCUGCUGCUGAUUCCCAACGGAGACAAGCAGCAGCAGCAGCAGCAGCAGAUAGAAAUGUUCAGCAGCAAGAAUGGGAGACACGUGAGGUUCAUCAGCACGUACAACCACCACAGCGUAACCAGCAACAGCAGCUGCUGCAGCUGCAGCAACACCAGCAGCCGCUGCAACACCAGCAGACGCUGCAACACCAGCAAGAGGAGCAGCAGCAGCAGCAGCAGCAGCCGCUGCUGUUGCUGCAGGAUCCAUGUGUUGCUGCUUGUCGCAGCAACAAUUUUAAAAGGAUGGAAGGGCUUUAUAGAAGCUUGUCUAGCAGCAAGUUAGGGGACCGCGCCCUGCUGCAGCAGCAGCAGCAACUGCAGCAGCAGCAGCACGAAGCCACUGGAUCGUCUAUCAGCAGCAGCGAUAGGCUGACAGCUGUCUCCUCAGCAUCAGCAGUUGAACCAGGUGUUGCUGCUGCUGCUGCAGCUGCUGGUGCUGCUGCUGCUGCUGCUGCAGCAGCAACAGCAGCAGCAUUAGACUCUCCACUUUGCCCGCCAGGGUACUACCCAAAUGAAAACAGCAGCAGCAGCAGCAACAUGCUGACAGCAGCAAGGCCACAAAAGGAGACAGCAGAGGAAAAGGAGACAGAGGGGACAGAGGAAACUGAUGUAGGCAUAAAGCCUGAUCAUCCUGCUGCAUUUGCCCCCCCUGUGUCUCAGCAGCAGCAGCAGCAGCAGCAGCAGGGAGCAAGCUCAACAGAGGUGGUAGAGCAGCUGCAUCGUGCUGUCUUAGCUUGCAGCUGCACAGCAGCAGAAAGGAGACAGCUGCAGCAGCUGCUGCAGCACCUAGAGAAUAUACAAAGGCAACCGCAGCAAGCGCAGCAGCAGCAGCAGCAGCAGCAGCAGGGGUCCUCCACUGGGAACAGUAGACAGGGGGGCCCACACAAGGACCCAGCAAGCGGGCAGGAGGGGCCCCAACAAACCAGUGAGGGUACUCAGUGUCAUACGUCGGGGGAAAAAGCAAGUGCAGCAGCAGCAGCAACAGCAGCAACAGCAACAGCAGCAGCACCAGCACCAGCACCAGCAGCAGCAGCAACGAGAGAUGAGUGUAAGUGUUCACUGCCAGCAGCAACAGCAGCACAGCAGUUGUGCUGCUGCUGCUGGCAGCAACCUCUCCCUCCUGCUGCUCCACGCUGCUGCUGCGCUGCAGCAGCAGCAAAUGUUGAGGGGCCCCACGAAGAAACUGCCCUUUAUUUCCCCUGCAGCUGCAGCUGCAACUACAGCAGCAGCUGCUGCAGCACCAGUUGCUGCAGCAACAGCAGCGGCAGCAGCAUGCGUUAUUGCUGCUGCCCUCCCCACACACAUUGUCCUGUGUUGGGGCUGGAUGAUACUCGCCUCCCUCCCUGUUGUUGCAUGCGCAGCAAGACACAGCAGCAGCAGCAGCAGCAGCAGCAGCAGCAGAUUCUAUCGGAUAUAGACAGCUAUAGCCGAUUAAGGGGGGACUGUGGGGGCCACGAAGUGUUAGGUUGUUCGUACGUGCAACGCUGCUGCUGUCCCAGCAGCAUCAGCAGCAACUGCAGCAGCAGCAGCAGCAUGAGGCUAUACAAGCUACAUCACGAGCAGCUGGCUGCUGCAGCGGCUUCUUGCUGCUGCUCCUUUAGCAGCAGCAACUGCUCAACAGCUAAUAGUACAAGCGAAGUAACAGCAGAUGGGGGGACCCCAGACACGUCAGGGGACCCUUUGCUGCUAGAGUGUGAGCAGCAGCAGCAGCAGCAGCAGCAAGAAGAGCCGCAGCAGCAGCAGAAGCAGCGGGGACGGAAGCAGCAAAAACUGGCAGGCAAAGGCCACUCCCACUCUGCAGAGAAAGACUGGAAAAGCAGCACUAGCAGCAGCAGCAGCACCAGCUGCAGCAGCAGCAACAGCAGCAGCAGCAGCACCAGCUGCAGCAGCAGCAACAGCAGCAGCAGCAACAGCAGCAACUGCAACAGCAGCAGCAGCAGUAACAGCAGUAGCAGCAGCAAUUGCAGCAGCAGCAAUGACAACUGCAGCAGCAGCAGUAGCAACUGCAGCAGUAGCAACUGCAGCAGCAGCAGCAGUAGUAGUAACUGCAGCAGCAGCAGCAGCAACUGCAGCAGCAGCAGCAAAAGCACGCAUGUGGUUGGUUCUCUAGGGCAACGAAUUGAGGCGAUUGCUGCCCCCGUUAAAGAAAUGCUAGCCAGAAACUACGCCAAGCAGCAGCACGCAGCAGCAGCAACACCUGCUGCUGCUGCUGCUUCGAGCACAUGUGUACCAAGCCACUGGGCCAGAAGUAGCAGCAGCAGCAGUAAGAGCCAUUGCAGCAGCAAUAGCAGCAACAGCAGCAGCAGCAGUCGAAGCAGCAGCAGCAGCAGCAGUCGAAGCAGCAGCAGCAGCAGCAGUCGAAGCAGCAGCGGCAGCAGCAGCAGCAGGAGCCGCCGCAGCAGCAGCAGCAGCAAACACAACCACAAACAGCAACUGCAGCAACGAUCGAUGUAG